AACCUCUCUCUCUCCUCCUUUGUGAUUUCCGCCUGUAAUUCUCUAUACUUUCUCUCGUCUCCAUCUUCCAUUCAAAUUCCUCAUUUUUCUUCUUCAUCCUUUGUACAGAAAAUGGAGAGCUUAGCACUGCACUCUCUCUCCACCACCACCACCGCCACCACAAGAACAACCUCCUUCUUUCUAUCUACUGGUACUCGUAAUUCCUUAUUCCAUAGAUCCCUAUCAACAAAACCAAUCUCCAAAUUUCCAUCUUCCAUUACUUCACUACCCACUAUUAGAUCACAUUCUUUCUCCUCUCAAAAACCAUUGCUUUUCAAUCCAAUCCACAAACCCUCCAAAUCCCAUUUCCCAAUCUGCUUCUCUUCUCCAAAAAAUGACUCUUCAGUCACCACUACCACUAACCCACCUCCACAAGGCGCAAGGAUUGUACCUUUAAUUGUUUCUAUAGCUGUUGGUGUAAUUCUUCGUUUCUUUAUUCCUAAACCUGUUGAAGUAACACCACAAGCUUGGCAAUUGUUAGCAAUUUUUAUUUCGACUAUUGCUGGUCUUGUUUUAAAUCCUUUACCAGUUGGUGCAUGGGCUUUUCUUGGGUUAACCACUUCUAUAGUUACUAAAACAUUGACAUUUUCAACUGCUUUUAGUGCUUUUACAAAUGAGGUUAUUUGGUUAAUUGUUAUUUCUUUCUUUUUUGCUCGUGGGUUUGUUAAAACUGGAUUAGGUGAUAGAGUUGCUACUUAUUUUGUCAAGUGGUUAGGGAAAAGUACUUUGGGAUUAUCUUAUGGAUUGACUAUUAGUGAGGCUCUUAUUGCUCCUGCAAUGCCUAGUACUACUGCUAGAGCUGGUGGUGUUUUCUUGCCAAUUAUCAAGUCAUUGUCUCUGUCAGCAGGGAGUAAGCCAGGUGAUGCUUCUUCAAAGAAGCUUGGAUCUUACCUCAUUCUAUCACAAUUUCAGUCUGCUGGAAACUCUAGCGCACUGUUCCUGACUGCUGCAGCUCAAAAUUUGCUGUGUCUCAAAUUGGCUGAGGAACUUGGGGUGAUAAUCUCAAGCCCUUGGAUUUCUUGGUUCAAGGCUGCUAGUUUGCCAGCAUUUCUUUCGCUGCUAGCUACACCGCUUGUCUUAUAUAAGCUUUAUCCUCCUGAAACCAAGGAUACACCAGAGGCCCCUGCAAUGGCUGCAAAGAAACUUGAGAAUAUGGGUCCUGUCACAAAAAAUGAAUGGGUCAUGGUUGGUACAAUGCUUCUUGCAGUUUCUUUGUGGGUGUUUGGGGAUGCUCUUGGAAUACCUAGUGUUGUCGCUGCAAUGAUUGGCUUAUCAAUAUUACUUUUGUUGGGAGUUCUUGAUUGGGAUGACUGUUUAAGCGAAAAAUCAGCUUGGGAUACCUUGGCUUGGUUUGCUGUUCUGGUGGGCAUGGCAGGCCAGCUGACUAACCUUGGUAUCGUAACUUGGAUGUCUGAUUGUGUGGCCAAGUCCCUUCAAUCUCUCUCUUUGAGCUGGCCAGCUGCUUUUGGUGUUCUUCAGGCGUCUUACUUCUUUAUUCACUACUUAUUUGCUAGUCAAACUGGUCAUGUGGGAGCACUAUACUCUGCAUUUCUUGCCAUGCACUUGGCAGCUGGGGUACCUGGUGUCUUGGCUGCGCUCGCUUUAGCUUACAAUACAAAUCUUUUUGGAGCUAUCACACACUAUAGCAGUGGUCAGGCUGCUGUCUAUUAUGGAGCUGGAUAUGUAGACCUUCCUGAUGUGUUCAAGAUGGGAUUCGUGGUAGCACUAAUAAAUGCUGUUAUCUGGGGAGUCGUUGGAACUUUCUGGUGGAAAUUUUUGGGCCUCUAUUAAUUUCAACUUUCCAUGUUCAAAAGCUGAAGGCGAAGCUGGUCCAGCUCCUGCGGUAGUUGAAAGUUUGCAGCAAUAUCCUUGGGUGCAGUUGUACAAGCCUUCUGUCAUCUUGACAAAGUCCCGGUACAACUGACAGCUCUAUAACGGAGAUGAGAAAGCUCAUGUCAGGGAACAGCUGAGCUAGAUCUACUUAGAAAAGAAAUUUUGAAUUUCUAGAUUUCACUUCUUAUUAUUCUUAGCUGUGUUAGCUUGUAAUAACACUAACACAGGAAUGAUUUUUGAAUUGAAAAUCAAAAUUCAUUACACAGUUUCAUCA